AUGGCUCCGGAAAAAAAGGAAAGGGAGGUGGGGCCGGUGAAGAGUGCCCUCCGGAAGGUUCGCACAGCCACCCUGGUCAUUAACUUGGCCCGAGGUUGGCAGCAGUGGGCUAAUGAGAACAGCACCAAGCAGGCUCAGGAACCUGCGGGCUGGCUGCCUGGAGGGACCCAGGACCCACCCCACGGUCCUAAGCCAGUGCUAUACCCAACUUCUGACCAGAAAGCUCAGGUGGCCCCCAAACCUCCAUCCCUAAAGCCAGAGGGACACGGAGGUGGACAGGUCUCCGAGGAAGCCACUGGGGUCUCCCAUAUCAAAAGGAAAGAGGUGACCCGAACAGUUGUCAGCAAGGCUUAUGAAAGAGGAGGAGAUGUGAGCCACCUGAGCCACAGGUACGAGGAGGGUGGCAUGUGUGAACCUGCUCAGCCAGAGAGUGACAUCGAUAGAAUCCUCCUCAGCCAUGAUUCCCCCACGAGGAGGAGAAAAUGCACCAACCUGGUGUCUGAGCUGACCAAAGGCUGGAAAGUCAUGGAACAGGAGGAGCCCAAGUGGAAGAGCGACAGCAUAGACACAGAGGACAGCGGCUACGGAGGGGAGGCCGAGGAGAGGCCCGAGCAGGACGCAGUGCAGGUGGCCGCGGCCAGAAUCAAACGCCCUUUGCCCUCCCAGGCUAACAGAUACACAGAGACACUGAACUGCAAGGCCCAUCGGAAAUACAGCCAGGUGGACAGCUUGAAAGGGAGAUGGCAACAGUGGGCUGAUCAACAUAUACAGUCACAGAAGCUCAAUCCUUUCAGUGAGGAGUUUGACUAUGAGUUGGCCAUGUCCACUCGCCUCCACAAAGGAGAUGAGGGCUAUGGCCGUCCUAAGGAGGGAAGCUUGACAGCUGAAAGAGCCAAGCGUGCCGAGGAGCACAUCCACCGGGAGAUCAUGGAGCUGUGCUUUGUUAUCCGCACCAUGGCUCGCCACAGACGAGAUGGCAAGAUCCAGGUUACUUUUGGAGAACUCUUUGACCGAUACGUUCGUAUUUCAGAUAAGGUGGUGGGCAUUCUCAUGCGUGCUAGGAAACAUGGACUGGUGCACUUUGAAGGUGAGAUGCUAUGGCAAGGCCGUGACGACCAUGUGGUGAUUACCCUACUGGAGUAACCCUCUAGCAAGACAAGCCUGACCCACUAUU